AUGACUUUAGUUGUUGGCGCAGUGACCAUUUUGUAUGCGUUUCGCUCUUCUGGAUAUGCCACACCCAUGGUACGUAGUGCUGUCGAGGUUCAUGCUCAGAUGACGUCUGCUGAAAGAAUUUUGGCUUACACCGAGAUUGUACCAGAGAAGGGACGGGAAAUCCAGGAACAGCCUCCUAAAAAUUGGACAGAACGUGGAAGUAUACAAUUUAACAAUGUUUCACUUCGACAUUAUAAAUAUGGACCUAAAGUUUUGAAGGAUCUGUCAUUUGAAAUUAAUCCAGCUGAGAAGAUUGGUAUUGUUGGAAGGACAGGUGCUGGUAAAUCUUCUUUGGUUGCUGCACUGAUGAGAAUUGGCGAUAUUGAAGGAAAUAUUAUUAUAGAUAGUGUCGGUAUUGAAGAUUUAAAUAUCCUAUCUACUCGUCAACGGAUUUCUGUUAUUUCUCAGUCCCCUGUACUAUUUAAUGGUACUAUCAGAGAGAACAUGAAUCCGACAGGUGAACUUGAUGAUUCUGAAAUAUGGAAUGUUUUGGAUCAGAUGCAAUUGGGCAUUCUUGUUGGAAGUUUACCAAAAAAACUUGAUAGCGAAUGCACUGGUGGUGGUUCAGAUUUUAGCGUUGGUCAACGACAGUUAUUUCAUCUUGCAAAAGUUUUGCUGAAACGAAACAAAAUUAUAAUCUUUGAUGAAGCUACUGGGAAGGUAGACCAGAAAACUACUGCACAAAUCCAGAAUGGUAUUCACGGCGUGCUUAAAGAUUGUACAGUGAUAACAAUCUCACAUCGUAUGGCUGCCGUUAAGGAGUGUAACAGAAUUAUGGUGUUGGAUCAAGGUUCAAUUGUUGAGUUUGACAAACCAGAUGUUCUACUGAACAAAAAGAAGGGCAUGUUUCUGGAACUCACGGAAAUUGCCAAAGAGACAUAA